GGGUUAUCUUACAAAAAUCGAGCUGGAGUGAGAGGUGGUCUGUAAACUCGAGCUGUGAGAGUGCUGAGGCUGUUUGGUUGAUAUCUCGAGUUAUACCAAUCCAAUUAAGGCGUGUGAGAUACCAAAAGAAAUAUCUCGAGACUAGGAAUCCGUGAAGGUCUGGUUUGCAUCAAUAUGAGUAGUGGAAGACUUCCAAAUUGUCCGAGCAAAACACAACCUCGCAGAAACGGAUUUACUCUUCUAAAGAAACGAGUUAGCCGGAAAACACCCAUUCUAGGGACUGUUUUCGUAUCGGCGAUUAGGGGCUGAACUAGCAACUUGAGGGGGAUGUUUAAAACCCAUUUUCAAGCAAGGAACCAGUUCUCAAUCUUCCUUGACCGAGGCUUUGGUCAUUGGAUCGAGAAGGAAGGUUUUAAAGCUCAUUUGAGGUUGAGGCUAGAGCUUGCAUCCUGUGCUCGUUGAUCGAGUGAUCCCUAGGAGAGAAGACUUGGUUCGUGCUUCCUCCAUUCUAUUUGAAACAUUAAUAAAUUUGCUCAUGGAUAUUUCACUUUAGAGCCUGCGUGCUCAUGAAUAGCCCUGUGUGGCCCUUUUGUUUAAACAAUGUUUUCCGCUGCGUUAUGAAUUAGUUAUUAUGUUUGUUUAUGGAUGUUAUGUGUGUGAAUGAUAUUCAAGACGCCUUGUAUAAUAUGAAUGUGUUGGACUGCGGUUGACUAUUCGUAUUGUACGGCGGGUUGUUGACGUGUCCGGGGAGGUCCGGGGCGUGACACUUUGCCCCAUCAAACCUCUAUAUGACCAUCCUUUCCGGGAAACUGCAUACCCCACUUCUUCCUCCCCACAAUUUACGAACACAAAUGUUUCAGUCACUCCUAUGUCUUUGUCGAGCUAUGAGCCACAGGAUGAAGUGGAAGAGGCAAUUUCAGAGAAGCUAUCUCACCUGGAAGAAACACUCAAGAAAUUAUUACAGCAACAAAUGCAAAUUCAACAUCAACAAAUCCAAAUUCAACAGCAACAAAUCCAAAUUCAACAGCAAGCAGACUCAAGGAUGCAAAACAUGGAGAAUCAAUUGUGGCAGAUCGCAAAGGCUUUAUCUAAGGAGUCCGAGAGAUCCCAUCCUAGCGACACAGAAGCCCAACCUAAGGAGACCAAUAGGGAUGAUCAUGUGAGUGAGUCGGACUGCGAAGGUGGGAAUAUGAUGGAUGAUACACUUCCUGAUGCUUUUGAAGACCCUCCUAUGUUUGGAGAUGAAGAAGAAGACUUUUCUAUGGUGCAGUUUGAUUACGAUGUUGCUCCUACUCAUUGCUUUGAGACAUCUUUUGAGCUUCCGGUGAUACCUAGAGUAAUCAAAGUUUUCACUCAUGUUUUUUGUCCACCUGAAGAGGAUGAGAGUUUCAUACUUCACUUCUGUGCUGAUGAGGGUUAUGAAGACCAUGUGCUGCCUUCGUGGGCUGACGAAUUUAAAGAUCUGCGCCACCUAAUGACAUUUGUUGAGAGGAAGCUGGAGAUGUUGACUAUAAGUGCACCACUACAGUCUUUGCUAUUGGAGAGCCUAUGUGGUAGUUGUGUCGGGCAAACGACGUUAAAAAUAGCGCUUCUCGGGAGGCAACCCGAGCUUUUUUCUGCUUUUGUUUUUUGCUUUUGCCUUGUUUGUUGUUUGGUUGUUUUGCUUUGUGUUUUUGUUGCAGCUCAGGGGUCUUGUUAUAGGGAUGAUGUGCCGAGGAUCAUUGACUCAAUUUAGUUCUGCACCGACCAGCGCUUUAGGGAAGUUUUUUUGACUCUUUUACUCGAUUGUUGAAAUAUUUACUUGAGUUAAGUUGAGUACGUGUGACCCUAUCCUCUUUACCCCCUUGUGCAUAGUGCAUUUUUGGUCAUCGAGGACGAUGCCAAAGUUUAAGUGUGGGGGAGUGAAUUGGGCAUUCGGGCAGUAGUUGUUACAUGUGAUUUUUAGAGUUAGCAUGCGCAGGUGUUAGUUGUAUAUUCAUAAGGAAAUUCAUGUCAAAAUUUUUGAAAAUGUUUCUUUAAACUGUGUCUUUGUGAGCUGGCUAGCGUUUUGACUAUGCUUUUAGAACAUCUUUAAAGUAUUUAGGCUUAAAUUGAUUGCACGGUAAUCUAGUUGUUGAAAGGAUGAAGGCAUUAGUCACCCAUUGAAUUUUACGAUAAUCAUCCACCCCACCUGAAAGAACCCUUUAGGAGAAGCCAUUUUGAGUCUCACUGUUCUUUGUUUACCCAAUUAAUUUAGCUCCAUAGCCAAAUGGCCUGUUUUCUUACCCGUGAAUAUUUCUGACUUAGUUUUGAUGUUUAGGGAAUUAAGGGAUUAAUUUGUUAAGUUUAGGGAAUUGUGUGUAGGAGCCAUUUUUGGCACUGUUCCUAUGCUCCAAAUGGGGUAAGAGCAGACACUUUUUAGGAAUAUGAUAUUUUCGAGGAUUGCAUUGUAGACAUGGAUUUACUUUGAAAUAAAUGAACUUUAAAUUGCUAUUUUUCCUUGGUGAGGCGGAGAUUAGAAUGGGGUAAUGUCUAGUAAGAAUCCGAAAGGUGAAAAAUUAAUAUAGCUAGACCUCUUACUUUUCGAAAAAGAAAAUGGGAGCCCCGAUAAAAAAGCGUAAGAUGAGACUUGGGUAUCUUUCGAAAGAAACGGCGUUCUCGUGCCAACAUGACAAGGAAAACUAAACUUAAAUUAAUGAACUUGGAGGCUAUUGCAAAAAUUAGCUUUAGUCCUCCGUGUACUUCAAGUAUACGUCAAAGCACAAAUGUGCCGAGACGGGUUAGCUUAGUUGUACACCAUGUCUACUCUUAGCAUAGGUUUAAAUGAUUGUUCCUAAAUUGUGGCCUACUGAGUUUCUUGUUCCUAAGAAUAGCCCUGAAGUUCCUGAAUACAUUGAGUCUUUGUUAGAAUAUUCCAAUCUCUCAAAAGAAAGGGACUAUUUUUGUUAUCCAUGAACCAUUCACCACCACCUUCACAAGUCCUUCUGAUCGAUAGCUAGUUUAUUUGUGUGUGCUGUCACUACUUUGAGGAUGUUGUGAAUAAUUUUGUCAAAUAUGUUAGCUAGAGUACAAAGAUGUAGUUUAGGAAAGAAUUUUCUUGGUUUAGACUCUCUGUUCUGUGAAUAUCCCUUUAACUACGUGUGCAUGCUAAUUGUUUUGAUUCCGUGUGGUGAUUAUCGUAAGUCCCGUUGUUCAGUUUGCUUGAGGACAAGCAAAGGCUUAAGUGUGGGAGAAUUUGAUAAGUCCGUAUUUUGACACGUAUUUGAUGCGUGUUGAGAUCGGCUUUUGAUGAUUUUCCUAGUUUUAAGAUGUUACAAGUCUCAAUUUUAGCUCAAGUUCUGUUUACCGGGCGUUGGUUCGAGUUUUGUGUUGUUUGUUGUCAAAAUCAGGGAAUUUGAGCCCGACACCGGCACUUGAGGAACAAUCGGGAUGAUUUGAGAAGCAUUUGAGAAUGAUUUGAUAGCUUUGGAGGUCACCGGAAGAUUCACGAUGAAGAUUUGAAGGAAAAAGAACUCUAGGAUUGGCUACGGGGUCAAAAGAAGAUGAAUGAAGCUUGAAAACGGCGAUCAGGAUAACCUUCUGUCAAUCGUUCAAGCAUAUCUCUUUGUAGAAACAUCCAAUGUACACGAUUCAAGUUCCAUAUGAAGGCCAACUUCAAGGGCUACAAAUCAUAUGAAGACACCUUUGCGAGAAUCUGAGAGGAAGAAGGUGAAAACAGACGAUGAAGUCAGAUGAUCUCUGCUGCGAUUUCAGAAAGACACCUUCCACCGUUUUGAUCAUAGCUCUUGAUUGGAUGAUUCAAAUCACAUUCAUAAAAUUGGGGUGGAUAGAGGACUUCAUUAUCUACAACUUUCAUGAAAGAAGUUUUGUCAAAUUCGGAAGUUACGUAGGCACAAUCGUGCCCUCAAAGUCAGACACGAUCGUGCCUGUAGAGAAAAGCAUCGCGGAGUUACUGCCAGCCAGGCACGAUCGUGCCUGGAGGGAGGCACGAUCGUGCCUGCCCAAAAUGCGCGUUUUUGCUCCGGAGGCACGAUCGAAGGCACGAUCGUGCCUGGCAUCGUGUCUAGCUCCGAAAAUCCUAAUUCAGC